GCGCGGCGGCGAGGGGCAGAGCCCGGCGGGCGGCGGGGCGGCCCCGCUCCCCGUGAAGAGGCGGCGCGGCAGGGCAGCGGCCGCCGCCAUGCAGCCGUCGCACCGGGCCCCGGCGUUGCUGCUGCUGCUGCUUCUGGCCGCCGGGACCUUGCACCUCUGCCUUGCCUCCUCGGAGGAGACAACCGCCGAUGGCCUCACGUCGACAUCCCUGCUGGAGUUUGCUGUGCUGCCCCACAUGGAAGCCAUGAAUUCCCAUGAACGAGCCAGCCAGGAGCCUGAUCUUACCCCUGUCUCUCUGCACGCUGCCCCGGGAUCGGGCUUUGCCAGUGAGGAGAAUGAGGAGUCCAAGAUCCUACAGCCCCCACAGUACUUCUGGGAAGAUGGUGGGGAGCUCAAUGACUCCAGCCUGGAUUUAGGACCCACAACAGAUUACAACUUCCCUACUCCCUCUCGGAAGGCUGGGCAGAAAGGGAACAGGACACGGGAGAAGGACAACUGGGCACCAGCCACUGUGCAGCCAUCGGCAGAGCUGGUUGAUCCUGACUCGCGCACGCCUUUCUCGAGCACGCUGGAGGAGGAAGAGGGGCUGCUCCCCAUAGAGCACCCCAGAGGAGGAGUGGAGAGCUUCCAGACCUCCGGGCCAGAGGUUACAUCUGCUGAACCCGUGGGCCAAGAGGACUCCUUCUCCCUUCUCUUUUCCACAGUCUCUGCCAGGCCAGGAAUUGUGACUGAGGCAGCCACAGGAGAGCAAGAGGAGGAUUCUGUUUCCGCAGGCUUAGACCUGGGCAGUAGCAUGGGACCAGGUCUUCUGCCCGUGUCCUCUGUGUUUUCACCUACUGUUGCUGCAGGGUCUCCCAGUGAUUCAGAAGAGUCCUUUGAGGUGACAGCUGGGGACACGUGGGCUGUUGGAGGAGCAGACUCGGAGCUGACUGUGACUACCACAGGAGCAGAGCUUGCAGAGGCCACAGUGGAGGAUGAUGGGGAAGAGCUUUCAUCCAGAGAGGAGGUCUCAGAGCACACAGUGGGGUGGGAGCUGCUGAAGCCCACGGUGCUAACUGAAGCGGAGCAGACAGUGGAAACACUUGUGGGGACACCCUCUCCUGCAGGCAGCUCCCUGCGCACCCAGACUUUACCUGGGAGUGAGCAGCACCACACUUCAUCUGCAUCUCCAUGGGACAGGGUUGAUGAUGCUGUGCUGGAUCCCAUUUGGAAUGACACCGAGCCAGCCACUGAAACUUCAGCAGCAGAGAGGAGCUUGGCACCACAGGCUGGGGACUCCCGCAUGGCCAUGCUGCCUACAGAGCUGCCCUGGGACUCAGCACAGGUGAUCUGUAAAGACUGGAGCAACCUUGCGGGGAAGAACUACAUCAUCCUGAACAUGUCAGAUAACAUCGACUGUGAGGAGUUUCGGCUGGAGAAGGGUCCCCAGCUGCUGGCGCUGGUGGAGGAUGCCUUCUCCAGACAGGCGGAUGGACUGCAGGACCGCUGGCUCAUCUCUCUGAGCAAACCCAACGAGAACGACAAGCACUUGCUGAUGACACUGGCAGGGGAGCAGGGUGUCAUCCCUACAAAAGAUGUUCUCAUGGCACUGGGGGAUGUUAAGAGGAGCUUAGCGGAGAUUGGCAUCCAGAACUACUCAACCACCACGAGCUGCCAGUCACACCCCAACCAGACACGCAGUGAUUAUGGGAAGCUUUUUGUGGUCCUGGUGAUCAUCGGCUCCAUCUGUGCCAUCAUCAUUGUAUUGGGGCUCAUAUACAACUGCUGGCAGCGACGCCUGCCCAAGAUGAAGAACAUGUCACACGGCGAGGAGCUGCGCUUUGUGGAGAACGGCUGCCAUGACAACCCCACCUUGGACGUGGCCAGUGACAGCCAGUCGGAAAUGCAGGAGAAGAAGCCGAGCGUGAACGGUGGGAACACCAUCAAUGGGCCGGAGAGCUGGGAUGUGCUCAUCAACAAGCAGGCGAGCGAGGACGUGGAUGUGUUUGAGGAAGACACGCAUCUCUAGAACAGGAAGGGAGGGAACCACCCCCUCACAUACACUUGUCUCUCUCCUAUCUUGACUGGUGGACCAUGGGAUCAGGUGGCUUCUCAGGAACUUCUUAAAGACUUGGAAGAGGUCAAGUCUUUGGGGAAGUUUUCCCAAUGGAAGUCCUGAGCCCGCAUCUGAGGCUUGGAGCCAGGAGGAUCCCUGAACAGAGGGAAGCGGGAGGGGUGGGUUUGUAGGUCUCUGUGUGUGUGUUCCUAUCAGUAGCACCAAUGCUUUCAUCGCCUUUAAAUGCACUUACUGUAGCUCUCUGGUAGUGACUGAGAGUGGCUGGGCUUGAGAAGCAAGGUGGAGAGGCGGAAUCUGCCAGCAAGAGUCCAGCUCUGAGAGUAAAUUCCCUUUGGGAGUGCAGCUGGAGUUCUGGCAGCCAGAUCCUGACCUUGAGAUCAUGCUCAGUCCCUGCAGGUGCAGUAAAACCUCUGCAUUCCGGGUGGAGGGGAGCCAAGACUCGGUGAGGUCCUGGACAGAGGUUGCCUUCCACAGGUGAAAAGAGGUUUUGUAGUGCCCUAGCACUCAGCUGCUGGUGAGGCGAGCUCUUGAUACUGGGGAAAACAUCCCUCUGUUAUCUCAUUUCUGCCCCACACCACAGACAGCCCCAUUCCCCGUUCCAGUUGCCCAGCUCCAGGCUGAGUGUGCAGAGUUUGAGCACUUUACCCUUGCUUUGAUUGCAGAGAAUUCAGUGCCAUGGAGCAGCAUCUUAGCUGGAGAUCCGCUUUAGGUCAGAGAGUUGCUGGGAAAGGUCAUUUAAAUGCCUCUUUCAUGCAGUAGCCUGUGAAAUGAGCAGCAAAGUAUCCCUGUGUGUCUCAGUUUUAGAGUCCACCCCUAUUUUCCAGGGUAGUUUGGUUUCAGUGGGUCUUUUUGAGGUAAAUGCAGACUAUUGGGGCUUUUUGGACAGGGAGAGAAGUAACAAGUCAGACACAGAUAAUUUUCUGGUCCUUUUGUUUCCUCCUCAGCAUCCUGCCCUAGGGGGGUGUUUAUUGUCCCACCUGUGUAAAUCAGGGUAGCAUCUUUCAAAGCACUGCAUUUAAGCAAGUGUAAAAACCAGUUAGGAUGAGAUGAGAUCUAAGAGGUCCCCAGUGAAGGUUGCUCAGGAAUGCCGCAGGCAACUUUGAGGCUCCAGCUCCUCCCUGAAGGUGUGUAAUAAAAGGCACGUGAAUGCAUAACUGUUCUCUGAGCCCUGCCUAAACUCAGAACUACUGUGGAGCCUGAGAUCCCAGAACGUUGUUUCUCUUGUCAUUGAGGGACUGAGGGACUUGCUUUGGUCAGAGGCAGCAGUAUUCCUCUGUUAGGUGAUGUGUGUGCUUGCUUACUGCAAGGUGCAGCUUUGCCUUUGGUCUUUAAGGGAGCCUUUGUACAGAAAGACCCCAGAUGUGCAGCCUGAUGCCGAGCCUGUAAAUCUAUCCCUGUAUGUACAGAUCUUUUUAGCAUGUUCACCCCUGGUGUGGGUGCCUCAAGUCAAGGUACAGAGUCUGCUGGUUCAUUUUGCAUAGCGCUUUGCAUGCAGACUGAAUCACAGAUCACCUUGAUGGAGGACCACGUUGCUAUCGGUCUCUUAGGGAUUCAUGAAAGGUGUCAAUAGCCUUUGGUUUCCUAUCCAGAUUCCAGUUUCCUAUCCAGAUUCCAGUUUCCAGUGGUUUUAUCCCACCUCCACACCUUUUCCCUGUGUUACGUAGGAGAUGGUGAUCAUCAGCUCCUUUUGGAUCUUGUUGGUUGCAGCUAUGCUCAGAGAAGUCCCUCCUCCCCCCCCAUCAGUUGAUAAAGGGGCACAGUCCAUGGACAUGGACAUCCACCCAAUGGCCCUUCUCUGACCACCCUGAUGGCUCCUGCUGAGCAGGAUGGGUCUGUGCAGUGGAGCUGCCCAGGUUCAGUGGCUGUGUUUGAUGGCACUUUGGGUCUCAAAGGAUUAAAUGCGAGUUGUUGUUACGGUACAAGGAGUUCAUUAAAGCAUGGAGUUAAGAUUUGAGUUUGUAUAGCACUUAGCAUAACGAGGCCCUUAGGCACUGUCACCAUCUCAGUGUUUCUAAGUCAAAUAAUCCUCAUUAAAGAUGUUUUUAAUGUCCA